CUUGUUACUCUUAUCUCAGGUACGUACAGAAGAGAGGAGGAACAAAUAAUUAAAUUAAAGAAGCAAAAGAGACAUAAAUAUGGUGCAAAAGAUGACAUAGAAGAUGCACAGAAAACAUCCAAUAAUUUAACUGUAUCUUACGCUAACCCUAGGCCACGUGGCGAAUUGCCAUUCCUCCUCAUUUGCCCCGAGUGAUAAUCUUUCGGCUCACCGGGAGAGAGACAGACAGAAAGACUAUAGAAAGAAAGAGAGAGAGAGAAAGAGCGUGAGAGUGUUUAAUUAAAAAGGGUGAAAGAUAGAGAAAGAUAAUGGAACAAGAUGAGUGGUUGAAUACGCUAAGAUACGCCGGCAAGGUGCAGGAUAAGGUUUCCGUCGACAGUCUCAUGCUCCGGUACCGUCCGAUCGCUCCAAAGCCGACGACUGGUCAACCAUGCGGUACAGGAGACAACAAUAACAACAACAACUCAUACGGUAAACGAACCAAACGAAAGUACGUUAGGGUUUCGAAGAAUAAUAAAACCACGUGUCGAGGAAAGAGCAGAUCUGACGUGUCUGAUGGUCGGGAACAAACUGGUGUCGUGACGCUGCAGCUCAUGCCGGAAAAAUCCGAUCCGUCAGGCGACUACACGCCGGUAGAUCAGGACAGUCUCGAUCCGUCGCUGAAAACGAUAAUCGGAGUAGAAACACUAGAAAACAGCACGUGGGCCACGUUCAACGGCGGCGGGACGGCGGAGGUGGAGACAUGGGUGACGGUGGAGUCCGUUACAGGCGAAUAUGACGGCAGUUCGACUUCACAUGCGGUGGAAUGUACGGACGUCGAGAUGAUGGAUAAUCUAGGAAAGGACACGUGUCCCGCGUUCGUAUCGGAUGCCUCGAACCGCGUGGUUUGGGUUAACGAAGCUUACCGGAGAAAUGUCUCCGGUGAAGAUUGGUCGUCAUCUUUGUCGUUGCCGGAUGUUAUGGUGUGGUUGGUGGCGGAGGAGUCUACGGUGGCUAUGUAUUGUAACUACCGAGCUUUCACGUGUAGGGUGAGGAUGCAGUACACCUGGCAGGAGACAAAGUAUACCAAAACGGUGCCGUGUGAUGUAUGGAAAAUGGAGUUUGGCGGCUUUGCAUGGAGGCUUGACACAACAGCUGCUCUGACUCUCUGGCUUUGAUGCUGAUUGCUGCCUGAAACUGAGUGAAACAUUAUGGUGUUGACCUUGCGGUCCACCACCUAGGCCCGGCGCCAGCCUUUGCCUGUACCCACAGGGGCCCUGGGCACGCCUCCCCCUCCCCGCGAGUCGAACAGCCGACCUCCCCUCCCCAAGGAGGUAGUACCACUGGACUACGAGGUCCUGGGUUCUAUUUUCAUCUUACAUAGUGCAUGGAAGAACUAUGAACGUUGUAUGUAUUUUGAAUCAUUCAAAUUAUAUAUGCCAUACACUCCG